CGGUCAUCAUGUAUUCUUUUUUCCACUUACUUCAUUGAUCAUAACAAACGCACCCGCCUUACUCCCACUAGGCGCAGAGAGCGCAAAAAAUUUUAACGAAAACGCAAUAAAACUGAACGAAAAUUUCAAAAAUUUCUUUCCCAAAGGUUGGCACCAUUGAAAACCGUUCAGUUGAAAUUCUUCUUUCGAUUUUGCUCAUUCGUUUGCAAUAUUCCUUGAAAGCUUAUCCCAGACGCUCGUACUACUGAAGAAGUGUUCGUGCGACGGUGGUGUACGCAAAACGGGAUUAUUCAACACAAAAAUGAAGUCCACAAUAAUUUCGGUGAAAAAUUCAUAGCAAAAAAUAAAAAAAAUAUUUGUUGAAAAUUUUUUUCUAACAAUAUUUUUUUAAUUCAAAUAAAUUAAUUCGAAUUUUGCGUGAGUUUGUGGUGAAGGAAUUACGUUGGCAGCGUUCCUAUUUCCGGAAUAAGAAUUCAUUUUUCAUUGUGUAAAAGCCAAUAUCAAUCGAUAGAAACCGUUAAUAUAUAUUUAAAUUAUUCGGUUUUUAAGUGAAUAAUAGUUUUUUUUUAUAAGAAUGGGUAAUCAACCUGGAAAAUUACAGCAUCAAAAUCAAAGUGGGAGACCUAAAAAAAAUGUGCGUUGGAAAACUGCAGAACGACCUUCACCGCCUGGGAGACCAAUAUUAAUACCGCUCUCUGAUCAACAGCCCGAUGUUGUUAAUUUAAGUUGGGAACGUCCAAAAGUUGAUGGAGGCUCACCUAUUACUGGUUACGUUGUUGAACAUCGUAGAAUGGGCUCACCACAUUGGGUACGUGCCACACCUACUCCUGUGCCACGAUGCGAAGUAUCCAUUAGUGGAUUGGAACCUGGUUGGCGUUAUCAAUUUCGAGUAUUUGCCGAAAAUAUUGUGGGCCGUUCAGAUGCAAGUGAACUUUCUGAUGCAUUAACAGUAACAUUACAACGUAACGCAAUUAGUGUACCACGCUUCACCGACGAACUUCAAGAUACACAAGCUGUCGAAGAUGAACGCAUUGAAUUUCGUGUCCGUGUGCUAGGGCAACCAACACCAGAAAUUAGUUGGUUUAAAGAUGGAUAUGAGAUUUUCAGUAGUAGACGAACGAAAAUUGUAAACGAUAACGACGUCAGUGUGUUGAUAAUUCAUCAAGUUGCACUCACUGAUGAAGGCGAAAUCAAGUGCACAGCGACGAAUCGAGCUGGUCAUGUUGUAACGAAAGCCAAAUUAAUGGUCCAAGCACCACCUAGAAUACGUUUGCCACGUACUUAUGAAGACGGUCUCAUAGUAGAAGCAGAUGAGAUUUUACGUUUGAAAGUAGGUAUUGCUGGACAACCAACGCCAAAUGUAUCAUGGUUACAUGAAGGUGAGAUCAUUAAUAAUGAGGGACGUUUUGAAAUAAUAAAUACGGAUCGCAAUUCUAUGCUUAAAAUUGAUAACAUACAACGUGAUGAUCGUGGGGAAUAUAGCAUACGUGCUUCAAAUAAACUAGGUGAUGACAUAACCUCAUUUUUGGUAACAGUCACUGCCAGACCAAAUGCACCUGGUAAAGUUAGAAUAAAUAUGUCCUUUGGAAAAUCUGCUACACUCUCUUGGACAUCUCCAAUUGACGAUGGUGGGUGCAAAAUCGGUAAUUAUAUUGUAGAAUAUUUCCGUGUCGGUUGGAAUGUGUGGCUGAAGGCAGCGACUACACGAUCACUGAGCACAACUUUGCAUGAUUUGAUAGAAGGUUCUGAGUAUAAAUUUCGGGUGAAAGCUGAAAACCCAUAUGGUCUCAGUGAUCCAAGUGAAGAAUCUGAUGUACUUUUUAUACCGGAUCCCAAGCGUGGCAUUACAAAGCCAAAAUCUGAGAAUAAAAAUGAUGAGAAAAAUAAACCAACCCCACCUCGCAGGAAAACUCUUUCGCCACCGCGUGCGCAACAGGAUGCAGCAACUGAAACCAGAGUGUCACCAUCAGUAGCACGUAAACCGAAACCACAAUUAAUUGAUAGCGAAGAUUUACAUCGUGAAAUGUCAUAUGGUACUUCGGAUCAAGCACUAAAAAUGGAUAUACGCAAGAGUCCAUCACUUAGCAGUGCAGAUUCAGUUGCACAAAGCAUAAAAUCUAAACUCAGCUUAAAUAUAGACGCCUCUAUUCCAGUAACUAAAUCCCCGCAACGGUCUCCAACAAAGGAAUAUAAAUCAGCAUUACAAUUCCUUACUUUUAAUGCACCUCAGAAAGAUAAAUCUCCUUCUCCAUUGACGCCCAACGUACCUUUAGCUACUCCUGAACCUUCAAUAACGCCUGAAAAAGCAUCAACUCCAAGCAGUGUUGAACGCAACCCUACGCCACUUACACCUACUUUAGAAGCUCGUAAGACUACAGCAACACGUAAAAGCCCAACACCACCAGAGCCUAUUAAAAAUACUCCGGCACUUGAACGUAGCGCAGAACCUGUACAAUUAGGUGUAAAUCAACAUGUUCGACGUUUCUCUGGUCACUCCCUAAGUCCUGCAAAACAUGCCCCUGCUUUAGCAAUUGCCAUUGCCACAGGUGGUCUAGGAGUAACUAUUAACAAUAACGCUAAUGGCAAACAAAAUGCAACAACGAUAACAAACCCAACUAUACAAAUAAGUGCUCCACCUCCAAAUCCUCCAAUGCCUUUAACUCCACUAACAACUCCAGAAACUGAAACAACUCCUCAGUUGAAGUCUAUAUCCCGCGCUGAGAAGCACGACGAUGUGCACACAAGCAACGAGUUCAUGCUUGUCGUGUUUGACAAAAAUAGUAAAGUUAAGGAUAAAGACAAGCAAGACUCCUUCGAAUUGGACUUAGAGGACGCUAUACAACCACCUCCUAUAUCAAUUUCAUGCCCAGACUUAGCUUCAUUAGAAUUUACUAACUUACAUACCUUCCCUCUACGUCGGUCUGUUAGUUCGACCGAAUUGUUAUAUGAACGUGCUAUGGCUAGAUUUUAUGAAGCCGUGGAACUGGAAGAAGCGGAAAAAGCGCGCAAAGUGAAAAUGUCUGUAGACAAAAUACCAACUCCUAGUAAUGUGCAACCCACAACUAUACGUAAACGGUUAGGAUCGAUGACUGAAGCUGAGCGUCUUUCUUUCGAAAAACGGAGCGAAAUAAGACGACAAUCGGCUGAUGUUGGAGGUGAUUUGAAAUCAGCAUUAAAAUGGAGCUCACGUGAAAAUGUAUCUGAAAUAAAACCAUUGUCGCGUGCUACUGGAAUGUUAAUUAACAAAAGACAGCAAAGUCAAGAAAGUGAUGACCUGAGUGAUUUUCAACCACCAAGUGAAACAAAUAAAAAUACUAGUUAUGAGCUUGGAUCUGAUUAUACAGAAAGUACUGCAUCUUCUGAAGAGGAUUCCAUAGAGAAAUUUAAAAUUGAACUACUGGCACGAACAAGAUCACCUAGUCCGCGUGAACUCGAGACUUAUCACCCACGCAAUAUGUCUGCAGGUACUUUUACACCAUACCGUGCUCCAACACCUGAAGAAGCUGCAUUAGUACUUAACCGCCCCGUGCCAUUACCUAGCCCAGAUUUCGUACCGAAACCAAUACUUAAACGGUCUUCAACAGAAAACGUGCCGCAAAAUGUAAUUCAGCAAACUAACAAUAACAAUAACAACUCUGGAGGUGAGAAAUUAGAUUUAACUAAAGGUAUAAAAUCAUUCUUCAAACGCGACAAACGUUCAGCAACUGAAAAAAAUACUGAAGAAAAUCAAAUUCUAUCAAAUCCGAAUGAAAAGACGAACGCAGCAAAUAUUGCAGCAGAUAUUGAAGUAAAACGUAAAGUUAAAGAAGAAGAGGAACGCAAACGAAAAGAAGCGGAACGUCUUAUGCAGGAAGAAUCACACGCUGCUGUUGAUCACUAUAGUGAUUUAGUACGAGAAGUGAGUUCGACACGAGGAUAUCACACACCAAUAUAUCUUGAUAAAGAUGAAUUGAAGAAAAUCACAGAGAAAGCAGCAAAAGAAGGUAGUGCAGAUGAAAUUGAACAUGAAAAAAAUGUUACAGAUCAUUUAAAAUUACGCAGAUCACACAGUCCAGAUAUUGGACUAAUGCCACCUAUAAACAACAAACCAAGGCUCUCAAUAUCUGAACGUGGGCAAAUGGUUCAUGUACGUGAAACUGCCAGUAACUUAGCAAUGACGGCAGAAAAUAAGACAAAGCCUCCUGAUACACCUAGUGAGGACAGUACAAAACAGUUUUCAAAUAGAACCGAAUACGAAAGCGAAAUAGUUACUGAAACAGUUGUAAGUGAAACACUGGAAGAACGUCCAGAUUCACGAGGACGUACACGAAUGGUCAAAGUAAAACGUAUUAUUAAAAAGCGUAUGCCAUCAAGUACACGGUCGCGAGAUGCAUCCACAAGUCGUCCACCUUCUAGUCUGGCAUCUGCACAAGAUAUAACAAUUAAUAACUUGGGUAUGGAACCGGAAAUAACUUUCAAUAGACGCACUGCAUCACGUACACGUUACGUAAAUCAAUCUAAAUCACCAGUAUCAUUUAGAAGUGCACUACCGAAUGCUGAACAAAUAAAAGACCUUAAUGAAUUGGCAAUGAUUGCAACUAGUAAGGAACUAACAAAAACAAGAAGUCAAGAACAGUUAAGUGAAGAAGCACACGAAAAAGUUAGAUCCGCGCUUAGUUACUCUACUGAUUUAGUACUCUUUAUAGUUGCAUGCUAUGUCUAUAUAUUUAAGGACGCCAAAUUGGUACUACCAAUAUUAGCCUUAUUAAUUUAUAGACAACUUGGUGAGGCAAUACGCGCAAACAUACCAAACUGGAUGAAACGAAAGAAGGAGGAAUAACAGACUUUAAUAGCAACUAAUAUACCUACUUGAUAUGUCUUCAAUUUUUUGAUACGUAAAAAUAUGAUAAUUGCCAUUAUUGUCAUUAUUGAAAUGAUUUCAAAUUUAUUUAAAUUUAAUUUA